GCGAACAAGCAUGUAGGCUACUGCUAGCUGCGCGAUUUCGCGCUCAGUGCUCAGAAGCUCUUGGAAGGCGCGAGCAGCCUGCGUAAGUGGCUUUUUUAUUUAUUUUGUCAAAAUGUAUUGGUCAAGUGCAAGUCAGACAGAAAUUAAAAGAGGUAACGAUAUGAAAUGUUUUACUAAAAUUUAACAAAAGAAUAUUAGGCAGGUUAAUUUAUUGCGAUCUACCAGCAUUGCCUGUGCGAUCGACUGGUCGAUUGCGAUCGACCUAUUGGGCACCCCUGCUCUAACCCAAUGCACACGGCGGCCCGGGAAAGCAUGGCCGACAUCCGCUUCCUCCUGAGCUCGUCCCCCCUUGGGGGGGAGCUGCAGAGAGUCAUCGGGAUCGGAUGCCAGCAAUUCGCUCUCCGAUGCUGCGAUAGACAUCUCAUCAUCAUCAAGCAUCGUGUCCGAAUACGUGAAGGAGGACGCUGACGGUGUGGCACCGCCUGCUAGGGAACGGUGAGGCGAGCGAGACGGGGUGCGAGCGGUUUGCGAGCACUUGGCUGACGGAUUAGCGCUCGCAGAAACCCCCAUAUCACCCUCGCUGCUCGCCUUGGCGGACGGAAUGGCCUUAGCUAUCCUCGUCACAGCCCGGGAAGCAUGCGAGGUGGUGGCUGGUUCUCGGGAGAAGACAGCCACCUGUGACCGCAACGUCUCUAUGACCAUCUGCCCGCAAUGCGGGCAAGAUGAGUCCACGAAGGCUGCCUCAGCGUGCUGGACCCCCAAACACUUGAGACAGACAUCGUGCUUGUCCCCUUCCUCGAUGAGGACACCGCACCCACGAGAACAGCGGGACAUGCCACGCUGGAGAAAUUAGCUCUUUUAGAAUGCAGACGGUGAAGCACCGUCUGCUGGCUCGAACACCUCUGGAACCGCCGAGACGCCCAGGGGAAGUCGCUGCAGGAAGGGACAGUCCGCUGCACCACGUCGUAGAACCGGCAAUGUAGAUUUUUUGCUAAGUAGCAAGAGUCGAUCUUCAUCAGCGAAGGCUCCGAAGAACAAAAGGUGAAUGAAUGAUGCACGCCGUCUCCCUUUUAUACCCGGAUUUCCGGGGCGGAGUCCGGCAUGCAAAUUUCAUUUGCCAAUUUUCAUUGGCCUUUUCUAAGUAGUCGGAAGCGAUUGGUUCUCAGGGACGAACCCCAUCUGUCGGUUCGACACAAUGUCGGGAGACCGACAGAAAGGGAAAAUACUUUAUCUUUUUUAUGUUCUGUUGAACUUUUUUUCCCCUUUAUUUAACCAGGAAGAGACUCAUUAAGAUUAAAAAUCUCUUUUUCAAGAGUGUCCUGGCCAAGAUAGGCAGCAGUACAACUAUACAUACAUACAGACAUAAAAUACACUAAAAUAAUAAUAACAUAAACCAACUGAAAAAUAGCAAUCCUUUAAAGUCAACCACAAUCCAUAACACAUCAGGCAAAACAUCUACAGUCAGAUGUGGGUGCCUCGAAGUCAGUUAACAUCCUCUUAAAAGCUUCCAAUGAGAUCAGCUUAUUUAGUUUCAUGGAUUUCUGUAACUUGUUCCAUGUAAAGGGAGCAGCAUACUUAAACGCCUUUUUUCCAAAUUCAGUUCUAACCUUUGGAACAGACAGAAGGAAAAGAUCCUGGGAACAAAGAUUGUAAGUCCCGAUAUUUUUUACACUGAUGUAGGUCAGAAGGUAGGAUGGAAGUAGACCUAAAAUAGCCUUGUAUAUGAAGAUACCAGUGUUGAAGUCUCUGCAUUGAUAGAGAAGGCCAUCCAACACGUUCAUAUAGUUCACAAUGGUGAGUGAGGACUUUAAAACCAGUGAUGAACCUUAGAGCUCGAUGGUAUACAGUGUCCAGUGCAUGUAAACUUUGAGACGAAGCAUGCAUGUAUAAAACAUAACCAUAAUCAAGUAUAGACAUAAAAGUGGCAGCAACCAGCCUCUUUCUAGAUUCAAACGAAAGGCAGGAUUUGAUUCUGAAAUAAAAUCCUAGUUUAAGUUUCAAUCUUUUUUCUAGCUGCUGAAUAUGAAAGGUAAAAGAAAGAGAUUCAUCUAUUAAAAUACCAAGAUAUCUGUAUUUAGAAACGCAUUCAAUCUUCGUACCCUGGGAAGUGAGGAUUGAAAGCAGAUUUGAUUUGGAUUUCAAAUUUGAAAAAAGCAUGACUUUUGUUUUUUCAGCAUUUAAAACAAGUUUUAAAUCAUAAAGAUUCUGUUGAAGCGUGUUAAAAUUGAGUUGUAAUUGGGAGAGGGCCUGGUCUGCGGUGGGUGCUGAACAAUACAGUACAGUGUCAUCUGCAUAAAAAUGAAAUUUUCCUUUAGACACGUGACUAUCAAUGUUAUUUAUAUAGAGGAUAAAAAGCAGUGGCCCCAAGACUGACCCCUGAGGCAUGCCUUUUGUUAUUUUGAGAUAGGUGUUGCCCUCCGCCUGCACACACUGAGUUCUGUCUGUAAGACAAUUAUCAAACCGGCUGACAGUUUGUUCAGAAAGUCCAGCCCUACACAGUCUGUGCUUAAGCACUGUGUGGUCCACUGUAUCAAAUGCCUUAGAGAGGUCAAUAAAAAUUGCUGCACAAUACUGCUUGUUAUCUAUAGAUUCAAUUAAAUCAUUUAAAACCUUAAGAGCUGCCGAUGUUGUACUAAGCCUUUUUCUAAAACCAGAUUGGAAGUCCGAUAAAACAUUUUUAUUGUUUUUAUUAAAAAUCCUUUAAUUGAUCACUGCCAAGGGACUCUAAAACCUUGACCAGAACAGACAAUUUAGAAAUCUGUCUGUAGUUAUUUAAGAUAGAAGGGUCCAGUGCCUUUUAACAGGGGAAUCACAAAGGCUGAUUUCCAGAUGGAAGGAAUGACAUUUGUGUUCAAGCACAGAUUAAAAAUAUUAGUUAAAGGCAAGGCAAUAAGAUUAGCUGCUAUCUUUAAAAAGUAGGGAUCCAAUUUAUCAGGGCCUGCAGAUUUUGUAGUGUCCAAAUGCUUGAGAGCUUUAAUUAUGUCUGAAACUGUAAUAGGACUGAAACUAAAAGACUGACUAGAAGAGUCCAAACCAACAGUCUCCACUAUAGGGGAACACUCAUUAUGAGCAUUGAGUGACUCAAAUAAAAAUCCUGAGGCUAUGAAAUGUUCAUUAAAACAGUCAAGUAUUUUAGUCCUAUCAGUAAGUUUUUGAGAGUCUAUCACAGUGCUUGAAGGUAGCUCCUGGCCUUUACUGUUUUCUGAUAAUGAUUUGAUAGUUUUCCAAAAUUUUGAUGGAUUAUUGGUUGUGAGUGGUUUGAGAAAGAAAAUAAUCAGCUUUGGCUUUUCUAAUUUUUAGAGUACAUGCAUUACGCAGUUUCCUGAAAACCAGCCAGUCAGAGUUCUGAUUUGAUUUUCUGGCUUUUGCCCAUGCUACAUUGCGCUCAUGGAGGAUAUUUGCUAAAUCAGGAGAAAACCAAGUAUUGUUUCGGCCUUUAAAUCUGUAUUUCUUUAGUGGAGCAUACUUAUUAAUUAUAUUGGUAAACCCCUCAUGAAAGAGGUUCCAGGCACUAUCUACAUCUACAUCUGCACUAAUAUUAAUUUUUUCCCAGUCAUAAUUAGAUAAAUCGUGAAGGAAUUUUUGUUCUGAGAAGUGCUUCAUAUUACGAUUGACUAUAAUGCGUGGUUUGAUUUUAGGUAUUUUAGUAUUUCUAACUGUUGCUACUACACAGUGGUCACUGAUUUGCAAAUAUGGAAGUAGUUGAGUACUUACAAGGAACGUUAGUUAGAAUCACAUCUAUUAGCGAUGAUUUUUCUGGGUUUUUAAAGUUUGGCCGUGUGGGACUGUCAACAAUCUGAAAGAGAUUUAAUGAAUCACAAUAAGCUCUGAAAUCAUCAGAUACUGGUUGUAACCAGUUCCAGUUUAGGUCUCCAAAGGCUACUAAUUCCUUAGAGUUAAGAUCAGAAAGGAGUUGCAUUAAAGAAGGCAGAGCACCGCUAACAGCUGAAGGUGUCCUAUAACAACCAACGACUGUUAUACAAAGUGAUUUAGAGACUUUGAGCUCCAAGGCCAAAAAUUCAAACUGUUUAACUAACGAUAUUGAUAGCAGUACAUUAACUUGAUACUGGUUUUUAAUGUAGAUUGCUACACCCCACCUCUAUUAGGGCGGUCAGUCCUAAAAACAUUAUAACCACUUAUAUUGAUUUCUUUAUCUGAAACCGAUUUACUUAACCAGGUUUCAGACAAGACAAUUACAUCAGUAUCUGUAGAGUGAGCCCAGAUAUGCAACAUGUCAAUUUUAGGAACAAGACUGCGUGCAUUCAAAUGAAAGAAACCAAGACCAGACCUUUCUUUAAAAUCUGCUGGUGUAUGAAAGUCUAUAGGGGUGUCUGGGCCUGGGUUUGGCUGCACAUUUCCUGACAUCAACAGUAAUAAAGCAAUUAAACAUUUUAGCUUAAGUGAUUUCUUGUACGAUUCAUUGCUUCUCUGAUCAAAAUUGGAGUCUAGGAGCACACAAGAGAUAGUGGUAAAGUUGUCAUAUAACGUCACGAUACUAGACAGACAGAUCAAGUCAACAAUGUUAGAGGUGAAAAAUAGGGGCAGAGGGAAUAAUGCGAUAUUAAGUGAACAGCCAAAUGCGCACGUGCCUUUAUAUGAUUCACACGGUAUUGGGGGCACUGGACUGGAAUAGCCAUUCCAGAAGUAGGUGUCCCCAGAGAUAAAUAAAGACAAAGAAAAAAUAAAACAGAGAGAGGCAAGCAGCAACCACUUCUUUCUCUCCAUGCCUAUCGCACCACCCAGACGUGGAAAGACAGAAUAUUACGUAGGACCUGGGCACCCAAUAAACAGGCCAGGGUAUGAUAACAAAGUCCAGGUCAGUGACGGAAAAAUCCAGUACGGGUUAUCCGUUUCUCCGCGGCGACCGAUGUUAUUGUGUGUCGUCACACGUAAACAGGAAGCCCGGCGAGUGAAGCAAUGCUGUGGGUAAAAAAGUUAAAAUCAAGGCCAGCCGCCUCUAAAACAUCAGGCCACGUCUUAAAAACCAGCAGUAAGAACGAGGAAAAAAGCACUUUCCUUCAUCAUGAAGAGAUCAGGCCCAACAAACUCAGCGACACGUCCGCGACUCGAGAUCAAGCCGGCAAGCAGGCUCCAGGCACCGACCAGCCAGCACGAAACAGUUCCUCCAGAAAUGGUGACAAAGCAAGUCACGGCUCCAGGUAAAUAUCCGUACCAGCGUGCGUUUUUAUAAUGCACUGCUACUGUAGAUCUAGCGCAGUGCCAGUUCACUGAGGAUGUCAGUCUUGACUUAAACUAUACAGAUUUGGGUCAUAAAACAACCAUCGAGUAUGACAAAUACUGAAUCUUCAUUGUAGUUAUAUUGUACGAAACCUCACAAAAUUAUCAGUUGGCAAAUAUUCUAUGAACAAACAAACAAACAUGAAUCACUGUCACGCACAGACAGAAAGACAUGCUGCCAGAAAGACAUGCUGCCAUUUUGAAGAAUGUAGGACAGCAAACAGUUCUGGGGCACUUUUGACUACAAUUGUUUUUUUCCUACUAUGGUAGUCAAUGGGUGUUGAGAUCUGUUUGGUUAUAAGCAUUCUUCCAAAUAUCUUUCUCUGUGUUCAUCAGAACAAAGACAUUUAUACACUUUUCGAACAACUCCAAGGUGAGUAAAUGAUGACAGAAUUUUCAUUUAGUUAGACCAAACUGAAACACCUGAAAAGCACUAUAAUCAUUUUAUUUGUGUGUUUUCUUUAUUAUAUUGUGCUAUUGCACAUAUUUUGAUCACUUGUUCUUAUUUUAUUACUUACUGAUUAGUUGUCUUCAACAAUAUUUGACAUUUCUAUGAGUUAGGCUAAUAGUAUUUAUUUUAUCAUAACCUUAUUUCUUAAGAUAGAAAACAAACAACUAGACAUUAUUAGUUUUUGUGGUGGGCCUGUGAAAAUGUUGGCAGGGCCAGUAAAAAUUUGAACCACUUGCCCGACCGGGCCAGUAGAAAAAAUCCUUGUGUUGAGCCCUGUUAUUAAAUUUACAGUUUAUUGACAGUCUGUGGUGUUACACAGCUGUAAUUUUUAAAGAUUUCAUAUUAUUGUCAAGUGAGCUUAAAAGGGUCCCUACUAUGAGAAUCACAGAGCUCUUCAGAGUGACAUCGACAUGAAAAAGUAUAAUUUCAAUAUUAGUUGUUCAUAAUAAAGUAUGUAAAACCUAAAGUACCAGUCAAUAAAAAAUUAGCGGCAUCAAGGGGUGAGGUUUCUAUGAAUAGAUCGUUUUCUGCAAAUAGAAACAACAACAAUUUGGGAGAAAUAUAACAUGGGUACAUUACAUAAAUGUACCCAUUAAGCACAGCCAGACUUUUUGCGUUUAAUUAUGUAUUUCUUAAAUAAAAUGCUUUCGUCAUUUAAAAUAAAGCAAAAUUUUGUACUGAAAUCAAAUCCUGUGCAGUAAAAAAAUGUCUUGAUGUAGAUUUUGGUGAGCUUAAAACUGUGUGUAAGUUUACCCUAUACUUGUUGUGUUUAAACAUCAGUAGUAUUGAAACAUGUCCAUCCCUAAUGCUGAUCGUACCAAGUACUAAACCGUUUUAAAUUUCUUGCAUUUGUCUCUGGGUUUCAGGAGAUGGGGUGUAUCAGAAAGGAAUGGAUUUUCUACUGGACAGACUGAAUCAUGGGGAGUGGGUGCACAUAUUUCCAGAGGGUCGAGUCAACAUGACUGGGGAGUUCAUAAGGCUGAAGUGGGGAAUUGGACGUUUGAUAGCUGAGUGCUCUCUUCACCCAAUCAUUUUACCCAUGUGGCAUAUAGGUAUGAACGAUGUCCUGCCUAAUAAAACUCCAUACAUCCCUCGAGUCGGACAGAGAGUAACCGUCCUAGUGGGAAAACCGUUCUCAGUCAAAGACCUGGUAAACACACUGAAAGCGGAAAACCCCAGCCCGAUGGAAAUGCGGAAAGCAGUGACAGACUUCAUUCAGGAAGAAUUCUGCAGUUUGAAAGGCCAAGCCGAGGCUCUUCACCGUAGGUCAAGGAAGAGCUGGUUUUAGGCCUUCUUUGAGGAACUCAUCCAGGGUUUGUGUGAGCUCCUAGUCGACUUAAACAGUCACGAAGACCCAGAUUGAAAGUUGACAACCAAAGAUGUACUUCAAGCACUGAUGCCAAAUAUCUCUUCUGUCUGGAUUUUUUUGUUGGAUCAUCAUAGUACCCACAGAAAUGAAUCCCUUCCUUUUUCUUCCAGGAGUGAAGGAAAUUGUUUUAAAGCGGUCAAAUGGUGCGAAUACGUGUUUUUCUGUGUCUUUGGUGUGUUAUAAGUUGCUCAUGCAUGUAUUAGACACUUAAAAUUGCAGAGAUGAAAGUGUCGGAACAAAAGAUGCAUUCUAUCUAAAAGCAAAUGCUCACCCUGACCUGCCUGAAACGCCUCGUGUAACCACACCCCCACAAAUCUACGUCAGUUGGUGGUAUGAUUUGACUAAGACCGCCCAAAUGUAUACGCAAGUAAGGUGGGCGUACUGUACCUGUCAGUACAAUUGCUUUGGAACCUGAUGUUAUGGUAAGAGGCGUUCCAUUUUGGUCACAUGCUUGCAGUAUUCGACCAAUCACUACGCACUGGUUAACUGGCCAAUCAUAGCACACCUCGCUUUGAAACUCACAGAUUUUUUACAAAGCUCAUCGCUCUGAAGAGAGGCGGGGAAAAGCGGAGAUACAAACAUGCACGUUAUGUAAAAAAUACAAGUAAGCUAUGAGCUACAAUGUUUUUGAACCUUAAAUCGUGUAUACACAUUGCAUUACAUCUAAAACAAACCAUAAUAUUUGUUUUAGCCGUGUCAUAUGACUCCUUUAAAUGUUCUCAAAUCAGAGACUUGAGUAUCAUGGACUGCCUUGAAUGAAAUCUUGUUGUUUAUACCUGUUGAUUUUCCUUGGAUUGUUGAACUUGUAUGUAAUGCGUCCUUGUACUACUUUUUCUAAUUCACAUGACUCAGAAAAAUGAAGAAACAUUUUUUGGUCCCUUUGUUUUAUGUUUAACUUUAACAAAUAAACUUUGCAGAUUUGUUACGUAUGCUGUUGUGUCUAUUCAGUUUUCUGGUUUGGCUCAAUUGAUCGAUAUCAUGAUCAACAUGA